GAUACAGAAAUGUUAAUUGCUAAAUUUGAUUUAAUUAAAUUAUUCAUUAAUACACAAUGUCGCGAUGAUUUAGAAGAAUUUAUUGAAGGACUUCGGGAUAGCGCUUCAUGGGCUCUCAAAAUGGAUGAUUCCAAUGGGCGAUACACAUCUGGAUUUUUUUGGGGUAAUAACUAUUGGACUGGAUCUCAAACACAAUGUUUAAAUAUUGUACCAGAAUCAGCACGAACUCCACAAGGAUCAAAUCCUUUUAAAACAACUGUUGUAUCAAUUAUUUCAAAUAUAAUUCACGCACAAAAUUAUACUGGAAUAAUUAAUGCUGCGACUGUCUCACCAAUGAAUUUAAAUCAAAAUGAUCGAGCUAGACGAGAGGCUUCAUUAACGGAAACUAAAAAAUCUAAAAUAAGUCCAAGUUUAACGGUGGGAUACCAACAUGGAAAAUUACAGCAUGAAUCGUUACCUAACUUUGUUCCAAGCUAUUUUGCGUUACGGUUAUUAUUAAAUUCCACUCAGGAUGUAACACCCAGGUUACGAAUUAUUCAAUUAGGCUUAUGUCUACCAAUUAGUUGCACAGACAAUGAAGUAAAAAUGAUUGUCGAAACAGUAGCGUCUGAUGUUAAACCGUCUGAAAUUGUGGUUGCCGAAGUCCGAUCCCAACAUCAAUAUUAUAAUAUGUUUCAAGAUAAAGUCUUUUGGAUUUUAGUAUUCGUUUCAAUAAUAGUCGGAAUUUUAUUAUUGGCUGGAACAGUUUACGAUUAUCAUUUAAUUAAACAAGCUAAUAAGAAAAAAAUGUUAAACUUAAAUUGUACCACUUAUGAUUUAACGCAAGCAGAGCAUCAAUUAGAAAAACACAUCACUUUAGAAAUUGGUAAAAGUGGACGAUACGUUGUGAAUGAAAGAUUUCCAGAAUCUGAUGAAAGUUCUAGGGAAAACUUUAAUAUUAAUACUUGUACACCACAUAUUUUAACAGAAAUUCUUUUAGCAUUUUCCGUUCGAGCGAAUUUAAAAACAAUCUGCGAUCAAAGUGUUGGUAGUGAUACAAUUCCAACAAUUCAUGGAUUACGUGCCAUUAGUAUGGCUUGGGUUAUUUUGGGUCACACGUGUAUUAUUAUUUUUAAAUAUUCAGAUAACAUGGAGUUUCGUAAACUUGCUGAACAAGAAUUUUUGUUCCAAACUAUUUCAAAUGGUGUGUAUAGUGUAGACACGUUCUUUUUCAUCAGCGGUCUUUUAGUAUCGUUUUUAUACCUACGCACAAAUGCAAAAGGUAAAUUAGAUGAUUUCACAAAAGGUGUAUCCAAAUUUUGGACUGGAGUUUUGCAUUUUAUUGGACUAAUAACUUAUAGAUUUGCAAGACUUACAGCACCAUAUUUAUUCAUUUUGGGAGUUGUUCAAGUUUGUAUGAAAUGGCAUAAUUAUAAUUCAGUUUUUGAGCCACCCACGAUGGAUCAUAUUAAUUGUCCAGAAUAUUGGUGGCGUAAUGUAUUGUAUAUAAAUACUUUGUAUCCUGUUGAAGAAAUGUGCAUGCUUUGGAGUUGGUAUUUAGCAGAUGACACCCAAUUUUAUAUGAUUGGAAUAAUUUGUUUAAUUAUUGGAAUCAGUAAUGCUAAAGCUGCAACCUCAAUGAUGAUAUUUUUCAUAAUCAGUUCAUGGGCCACCACAUCGUAUGUGGCAUUCGUAAAUAAGCAUGUACCAAAUUUGGACGAUCCAUUAGCAUUAUUCGAUUUAAUUUAUGACAAACCAUGGACAAGACUUGGACCAUAUUUGAUUGGAAUGGGUACUGGUUACUUUUUAUUUAAAACUGAAUGUAGAAUUAGUAUGUCGAAGCUCACCGUAUGUGUUGGAUGGCUUUUAUCAAGUUCUUGUUUGUUAUGUCUAAUUUAUGGUUUUCACGAAGUUGAAUUUUCAUCUUACACUGCAGCUGCCUUUAGUGCAUUAAGUCAUUCAGUUUGGGCAUUUGGACUAUCAUGGAUUGUAAUUGCAUGUACAACAGGUUAUGGAGGAUGGGUCAAUAAAAUAUUAUCAGCCACAAUUCUGUAUCCAUUCAGUCGAGUGACAUAUUGCGCAUAUUUAGUACAUCCACUAUGUAUACGUUAUUUAAUUAUGCAAAUGGAUAGUCCAUUACAUUUAGGCAAAGAUUUAAUUGCUGUCAUAUUUUUAGGUCAAGUUGUAUUAUCGUAUAUUUUAUCGUUUGUACUGUCUUUAUCAUUUGAAGCGCCGAUUGUUUCAAUGCUACGUAUUUUAUCACCGAAUAAAACAAAGAAAUUACGUUAG